AUGGUUCUCGAGGAUACUCCGGGUCCUCUGGGGUUUCCAGGAGCUCAGAGCUCUUCCGAAUACCAGAUGGCUGAGGCACCCCCUUGCGAUACCAUUGAGCCAAGCCUCAUUAUGCGCCAAGGCCCUCCUUUUCCACCGAUUCCCUCUUUGACGAACCUCUCUCUCGACGGUUUUCUCGAGCCUCUCGAGCCUGCUACUGACCAAGUGGCUUCUCCUGAGAUCAUCAGCCUCGAGUCCGCUUCUUCUCAAGCCAUGAGCCUCGGGUCUACUUCUUCUCAAGCCAUCAGCCUCGAGCAUGCUACUGACCAAGUGGCUUCUCCUGAAAUCAUCAGCCUCGGGUCUGCUUCUCCUGAAGUCAUUAGCCUCGGGUCUGCUUCUUCUCAAGCCAUCAGCCUCGAGUCCGCUUCUCCUGAGUCUGGUCCUUCCGAGUCUGACCUGCAGGAGACCCGUCAACUCACCACCACGGUCCGGGCUCGACGUGGCGAAAAGCGCCGUGCACCAGAUGAGAUUGACCCACAGCGCCGUCAGGCCUACCUGGAUGCUGCCCGUGAGUUCUUGAAGGAAGACGACCCUCUCCCUCACGGAACCAAAUACCUGGCGCAGCUCCGCCAACUUAUCGACUGGCUGAUUUCUGACAAGGAUUUGCCAGAGGAGGCUUUCCAGCUCUUGACAUGCUCUCUGAAUCCCCAUGAGCGUAUGACCAUGAGGUUUUGGGAGACUUCGCUCAACCCAAACCGGAGAAAGAUGUGGACGUUUUGGCACUAUCCAGACUGCCGCGGCAGGCCUAUUGAUGACGAAGAGUGUGUGCGGGGAAAGUACUCUUUGCUGCCCAAGGCCAAGUUGCCCAAGCCGCGCCGGUUGAGGAGGUUUGGCAAGUUUGCUAAGCCGGUCCAGGAGACUUUCCACUGCCCUAAGGGGAAUGUACACAUAUUACAACAACACAAGGACUGUCACAGACACCGCGUCAGAUUAGACCAGCCAGAAGACGAAGAGAAGACCUUAUGGUGCUUAUUAGUAUGGCCCGAGUGCGACCAAGACCCAUUAGGAGGACCUUGUUGCAAGGUCAUCCCUUGCGCUCCGAGUGACAUGCCUUUGAUUGGGAUCCGGCUCUGGGCCCUAGCUGGCCCGUGUGACGAGCAUAUGCAGCUUUCCGGCCACGAUUGUGACCACGACUGCUCCGACCGAUCCAAGUGGCAACAUGGUGAUCCCGAGGAUGACCGGCUCGCAGACGAGCCUCCACCAUCGAUUCCUUCGCCGAGACAAGACGGGCCAGCGGCGAUGCUCCUUCCAUUCUUCACGGGGUACAUUCUUCCAUAG